UCUCCUUCCAGAGUCCACUGAAGAAGAAGAAGAAGAAGAUGGAGCUUCGGAGUUCAUGGAUGGUAGCGUUAACGUUGACGGCGGUGAUGGUUACGGCCGUUACGGCAGACCGGAGUAAUAACAAGUCGGGAGGUUUAUACUGGUCAACGGCGGAAGAGGAGGCUCAGGCUCAGCUUCAGCCUAGGGUUGACGAUUCCGCCGUGGACGCCGACUUCGACGCCGACGGAGGCUUCUCCUCGCUCGAUUCGAUGUUGCAGUGGGCGUUGGGUCACUCGGAUCCCGAUCAAUUGAAAGAAGCGGCGAAAGAGGUGCAGGGAUUGAACCCUUCCGACCUGAACAAGCGGCGGCUCGAGAUAAAGCAGCUCAUGGAGGAGCUCAAAACGCCGUCGGAUGCUCAGCUGAUGAAGGUGGCGAUACUCGACCUGAAGAACUCGUCGUUGUCGCUCGAAGAUCGGCACCGGGCUAUGGAGGAGCUGCUGGAGCUUGUUGAGCCGAUUGACAAUGCAAAUGAUUUGAACAAGCUUGGAGGACUUGCUGUGGUGAUAGGAGAGCUUGAUCAGUCUGAUUCAGAGACGAGGAAAAUGGCUGCAUGGAUUAUUGGGAAGGCUAGUCAGAACAAUCCACUUGUGCAGAAGCAGGUUUUGGAACUUGGGGCACUGUCAAAGCUAAUGAAGAUGGUAAAAUCGAGCUUUGUGGAAGAAGCCAUUAAGGCAAUUUAUGCUGUUUCAGCCUUGCUGAGGAAUAAUAUAGCUGGUCAGGAAAUGUUCUAUGAGGAAUCUGGUGAAAAACUGCUUCAGGACAUUGUGAGUGAUUCGAGCAUUGGUAACAGACUGCGCAUAAGAGCUGUGGUUCUUCUGGGAGAUCUUGCAGAGUUUCAAUUAGGAAAUACAGAUAAGGACGAGCGGCCCUUUUUCAGUAAUCGCAUUUUCUUGAAGUCUGUUGUUGAUCUAACAUCAGCUGCUGAUCUUCACCUACAGGAAAAGGCCCUCAUUGCAAUUAAGAGUCUUCUGCGACUCAAGACAACUGAAGCUCUGGUGUUUAAGGACUUUUGUGGGUUGGAUGCUGCAUUGGAGAGAAUGAGGCAGCAGCUGCAGGACUUAAUGGUAGAGGAAUACCACAGAGAUUAUGCAAUGGAUGUAGAAAGCCUCCGCAGUGAAGUGCAGCUGAUUUUCCAAAGAAAGCUGGAAAAGGUAACACGGAUGACUGCAUGAUGUGAAUGCAAUCCACUCGAUGAAGAGCACCUAACACACAACUGCAAAGAUUCACUACUGCUCAAUCACAGCCAUUACUUAUCGGCACAAAGCUGGACUGCGAUAGUUGGUGUGGUUUAGGUACUGUCAUAGUUAGUUAGAUUACUUGGCUGAUAUGUCAGUAACGAAGAUGUAGAAGUAUCAAAUGUAUUAGUCAGCAAACAAUAGAAUACUUUUGUUUGGUUUUGCUUGACUUAGAUGCAUCUGGUGCUCUUGUAAUUAUGUCAUGCUGCUGUCCAUGGAUCUGUACAUGGCAAACAUUUUGAUAUGAUCUCCCUUGUGGGUAAGAUACCAAUUUGCUUGUAGUCAUGGUUUGAUCCAUGAAACUUCCCUAU